CUCCAUGAUCUGAUUCGAGAAAACGUGAUGAGUUCCAUAAGAACUUUUGCGAUUUAUCACUCUAUCAGGGUGGUGCCUACAUUCAUAUCCUUUCUGGGAGGGCGUCCGAUUUUUGUAAUCUGCUCCUUCAAAUGGAAUCCAGAUACCCUGUUGAUUCAGUGUCUGAAUUAUUCGAUAUGAUGAGACUCUUUUCUGCAUCCCUUGACGAAUACUACGGAAAUCCUAAUAAUGGCGGUGGUAGUACUGGGUUGCAGCAUCAAAGUUCAGAGCCAUCCAAUGGUACUCCACUUCAGCUUUUGCAAGAAAGGCGCUUUGGAUCACCCGGAUGCAAGGUGGUGAGGACAUUGAAUCCUGGAUCUGUAUCUCCCCAACCUCUAACAAUUGAUGCCUUUACCUACCUGAAAUGGUUGCAUGAUCUGCUCCAUCUUUUUAUCUUUGCUUUUUUAUUUUCUUUCACAUUUGGAAGAUGGGAAGGAGUUGAAUACUGCAUUUCUUUUCCUUUUUGGCUCUGGUUAAUGGGGGAAAACCCUGAAAUCCAGCAGGAGCCAUAAAACACAUAAAACACUAGCCAAUGGACCAAACCUGUGGUUCUGAACUAUGCUAAAAAUUCAUAGGUGACACAUACUAUUCAAUUUCUUGCUAUAAAUGACAUGGUGUAGAAAAUAUUGCAGGCCAUCAAAAGAAGAAAAAGGAGGCUGGUUCAUUAGAUAAAUUCUUAUGAUUCAUCCUUCCUUUUGAUGAGUUGCUUUUGCUUUCAUGGGCAGGUUUCCAAUUAGGCCAAUUUCCUCAGCUUCAUUGGAUUUUACUAAACAGAAAAGAAAAC